AUGUGGCCUCUGAUCCAGCUGGUGACUUUCCCGAUCCGUGUGUUCCACCUGCUGGGGGUGCAGUGUCUGGUGGUGACCAACGCGGCGGGGGGGCUGAGCUCAGAUGUGGCUGUGGGGGACCUCAUGUUCAUCAAAGACCAUAUCAAUCUGCCCGGCUUCGCUGGACAAAACCCACUGUGUGGCCCCAAUGAGGAGCGGUUUGGGGAGCGGUUCCCUUGUAUGUCGGAUGCCUAUGACUCUGGGCUGCGAGCCCUGGCCCUGGAGGAAGCCCGGGGGCUGGGGUUUGAGAGCUUUGUGCGGGAGGGGGUCUACUGUAUGGUGGCCGGACCGUCAUACGAGACCAUCGCAGAGUGUCGCAUGCUGAUAGCCCUGGGAGCUGACGCUGUGGGGAUGAGCACGGUACCGGAGGUGGUCCUGGCGCGGCACUGUGGUAUGCGGGUGUUUGGCAUCUCCCUCAUCACUAACCAGGUGGUGUUGGAUUACACCAGCACUCAGCGAGCAAAUCACGAGGAGGUGCUGAAGACCUCCAAGCAGAGAUCGCAAGACAUGCAGAGACUCAUCACACAGCUGGUGGGCCGCAUGGACUGAGGACCCCCACACCACAGCCACAGCGAGAGCCACAGAGAGAGAGAGCGAGACCCCCACAGCCAAGUUAUAGUCUGAAAUGUUCCGGGCAUUUGCUCUUUGUGAUGCAGAGAAAGUAGGUCACAGCCGCCUCCACCAAACGUUAUUUAUUUAUGUAAAAAGCUUUUAUUGAAUUAAUAGUGAAUGGGUUAGUGAGAGAGGGGGAGAGAGAGAGAGCGAGAGGUGGGAGGGAGAGAGAGGAUGAUACAGGCCCCAAAUCCCUUCUUGUCACAGCCUGGAACUCGUCUGGUCACAGACAGCUGUCUGUAGGACGUCGCUGUGUGCAAAAUGGUGGCUGCAUCCACCCUCCAAACCACACAGUCACUUGACUGUUCAGAGUCACUGGCAGCUCAGAGAAAA